GCUGGCAGUCCUGUGAGGAGAGCCGGAGAGGAAGGAGGAGAGCGGGCGGCCGAGCCCGCCCGCCGCCGCCAGGGAAGGCUCCACCGUCCACCCCCACCCGCCCAGCAGCCUCCUCAUCAUGUCGAGUCUCCACAAGAGCAGGAUUGCCGAUUUCCAGGACAUCUUAGGCGAACCCAAGAUUCUGCUGCAGAAGCUCCGUGAACUCUGCUUUAGCGGGAUUCCUUUUGAAGGUGGAUUGCGCUGCCUCUGCUGGAAGAUUCUGUUGAACUAUCUGCCUGUGGAGAGAGCCUUAUGGAGCGCCCUAUUGAAGAAACAGAGAGAACUAUAUGCUCAGUUCCUGAAAGAAAUGAUCAUCCAGCCUGGAAUAGCCAAAGCCAACCUUGGAGUCUCCAGGGAGGAUGUGACCCUAGAGGACCACCCGCUGAACCCAAAUCCUGACAGUCGGUGGAACACUUACUUCAAGGACAAUGAAGUGCUCCUGCAGAUAGACAAGGACGUCAGGAGGCUCUACCCUGACAUGGCGUUCUUCCAGCGCCCCACCGAGUACCCCUGUCUCCUGAUCCUGGACCCACAGAACGAGUUUGAGACCCUUCGCAAGCGGGUUGAGCAGACGACCCUCAAGUCGCAGACGGUGGCAAGGAACCGGAGUGGCGUCACAAAUGUGAGUUCCCCUCUUAAAACUCCGGCACCCAAUUCACUGAGUGCCUACGAAGUUCUGCCCAACGGCUGUGAGGCUCACUGGGAAGUGGUGGAGCGGAUCCUGUUCAUCUACGCAAAGCUGAAUCCGGGGAUAGCCUACGUGCAGGGGAUGAAUGAAAUUGUUGGGCCUCUCUACUACACCUUUGCUACAGACCCCAACGGCGAAUGGAAAGAACACGCAGAGGCCGACACGUUCUUCUGUUUCACCAACCUCAUGUCGGAGAUCAGGGAUAACUUCAUCAAGAGCCUGGAUGACUCACUGUGCGGCAUCACCUACAAAAUGGAGAAGGUCUACUCCACCCUGAAAGAGAAGGAUGUGGAGCUCUACAUGAAACUGCAAGAACAGAACAUCAAGCCCCAGUUCUUUGCCUUCCGCUGGCUGACGCUGCUGCUCUCCCAAGAGUUCCUGCUGCCGGACGUCAUCCGCAUCUGGGACUCCCUCUUUGCCGACGACAGCCGUUUUGACUUCCUGCUGCUGGUCUGCUGCGCCAUGUUGAUGCUUAUCCGGGACCAAUUACUAGAAGGAGAUUUUACUCUGAACAUGAGGCUUCUACAGGAUUAUCCCAUCUCUGAUGUUCACCUGAUCUUGAAGAAGGCCAAAGACCUUCAGGACUCCAAAUAGUCCCCUGGAACAGAGAGAGACUGAACCGCUACGUGACAGCGGAGUGUGUUGAUCAAACCUCCUGCUGCCUGUGUGGUGCCUGACUGUGAUCCAGAUUUCUGCCCUGGGGGAAGAAACUUCUUCCGCUCUAUUUAUUAAUUCCUGAGGAGGGCACCUUCAGUUCAGUAAGACCUUGUGCUCUGGAUUUCCCAAGCCACUUUUGGUGAAAUGGCUCCCCGCCAUGAGUUACCUUUUUCUCUCUCUCUCUCUAACUUUUUAAUGACUUCAAAUGGGAGGAGACAAAAUACGCGUUUUCUCAAUCUUUGUGGAAUGUACAGUUGUGCGUGGCAUUAUGGAAGCAGGUCCUUCUGCCCCAAACCUUGGGAAUAUGGGACAGGCUGGGGACCCGUGGAAUUAGAACGGAGGAGGCGAGAACCAGCAUCUUCUUGUAACUUGCUGACAACUUUAUUCUGUCUGAGGAGCUGCUAGAAUCGGCUUGAUUCUGUGAACAAAGAAAGGAAGAAAUUGCAGUUGUCUGGGUUUUUUUUUUCCCCCUGCCCCAGCUGCAUGAUGGGUAGAGCCUUGACUCUCCCAAGCAAAAGAAGUAUAAAGGACUCAGUUUUUCCACACACAGCCCUCUUAAUCCGACUUCCCCUCCUUUUCCUGCCUGUUCCUGGACGUUGGUCCUAAGCAAGCAGAACAAAGCUGAGCUGAAUGGCGUUGGAUCAGCCUUAACACCUGUUGCCUUAGAGGAGGCAUCUAGUGCCGGUGCUGCGUAUCGUUCGCUGCCGUGUCGGCAUCAAAGAGGACCACAGGCUCUCCGUCGGUUCCCGAAAUGCGACGGAGCAAAUCUCUGCCUCGACUCCAGUUUUCCAAAGUGACUGUCCUGCUCAGUUCGACUCCCCAGCGUGUGAGCAGACGUCAUUCCUACCUUUCAAGUGGACUCGGCCAAAAAUGUGGCAAGUCCGUAACCUGGAAAAAUGUCCAUUCUGUUCCUUGACUGGAUUGUGGCAAGGUGUGGGCACAGACGUGGGGCCGUGUAGGUGGCCCAUGCUGGGGCCAGGUACGCUUGGGGUGAAAACGUCCGAUCCAGAAGCUGGAUGUUGGCAGAUGGGCCUCCGCCAUGUGCAACCCUGAGGGCAUCUGGGGAAGUGAGAGUCAGAGGCUAAAGAGGACAGUAAUGGGUUCCCAACCGCUGUGCUGCCACCUGUUGCUGAACUACGACUCCCAUCAUCCCCAGCUACAACUUAUUGUGUAGUUCAGCGACAUCUGGAGGGACCCAGGUUGGGAACUGCAGGGCUAGUGGCCCCAAGCAAUGGAGCGCAGGGAGGCAACCUCGGCCCUCUAGAUGAUUCCUGGACGACAGCUCCCAUCAUCCCCUGUUUAUGGCAGCUGGGGAUGAUGGGAGUUGUAGUUCAGCAUCAGUUGGAGAGUCAAGGUUGCCUCGCUCUGCAAUGGAUACUGUUAGGUUUUCAGGCAGGAUAUGGUUAUCUCAAAAUGUUAUCGGAUGGAGUGUGGUGUGUGUGGACUAUUGGUUUUUUUUUUUUUUUAAGCCUUCCUGCACUUAGAAAACUAGUGUGUCCGGGAGAAAGGGCUCCCCUAACAUGCUGGCUUUGGGUGUGGGGAGAUCUCUUGUAGGAAGGACCUUUCCCUACCUAUCCAUAAAUUGGGACCAGUUCUGCGUUGUUUGAAUAAGCCUGCCUGACAUGCACUUGAUUAGGUCCUAGAUCCUGCUCUACACGACCCCUUUUUAAAUUUUAACUAAAGGUGCUUCCUGGCAUCAUUGAUUGGCAUACAGCAGUUUAUCUAAAGAACAAAUGCUUUGAGGCGAGCCCAGUGCAGUGUCUUUCACAAGGGUGUCUCAAAUUUGUGCUACCACUUUGGAGUGAAACAAUCUGCCCGCCUCUCUUGGAAUUCCAGCCGGAAGUUAUUCUUAACAGUGGGUAGCACCCGUUCGUAUCUGAGCCCUUGUCCGACACAGCCUGCACCCCGUGUCGUAGCACUUUGUGAUAUCGGGGGUGACCAUUUGAUGUAUUCCUUUUCUUCACCUCACGUCGGACUGUUGUCACACUAAACUCUCUUUACUGUCUCACCACACCAAGGACUGUUUACAAGGUUUAAAGUAAAUGGGCAUAAAUCAAGACUGGUGAGCAUUUCUGUAAUGGCUUGGAGCUGGUGCUAGUUCAGCCCGGGGUUCCCAGGUGCCACUGGACUACAGCUCCUUUCAUCCUCAGCCCAAAUAAAUAGUGAUUGUGGGCGAUGGAAGUUGUAAAUGGCGGCGGCAACUGGCGUGCCAAAGGCUGCCUACCCUGGGACUAGUUUUUUCCUUCUGAAUUUGCGGAAAGGGGAAAUGUUGCCCAGAGUGGCUUUGUCAUUGGACAGAACCUUUGUUUUUCUGGUUGACCUUAGGCUGCUGUGUGUGUUUGUGUGCACAUGUGUGCCCACAACUUGAUGUCCUGCUUUAUCUUCAACAAACCAGGAUCUCCAUUAGGGAUCUGCACAACACUUGUAUGAAUUGUUUUGAUUUGGAACCACUGAAGAAAGUGGAGAUUUGUUUGAAUCAACUUGAAUUUGCCCAACUUCAAAUCAAAUCUAGGUGAAUUCACCUUAAUUUGAUUUAAAGUUAGGUGGCGUAUUCAAAUCGAUUCAAACAGAUCUCAACUCUGUUCAGUGGUUCCAAAUCAAAUCGAUUUUAGAUUUGAAUCUAUUAGUACAAAUUUUGUACACAUCCGUAGCCUCCACGCAAACAUGGUUGUAAAGCUUUCUAUAUGCAUACACGCACACCCCUCAGAUGCUUUUCUCACACCCAAUUGUUGAUUGCCAGCAGUGAUGUUUACCCUGAGAAUAUGUAGCUUUCCUGGCUAAAUUUUAAGAGGCUCCUUGAGUGUGUGUGUGCGUGCAAAAAACAUGUUUCUCUAGUCACUGCUGCACAACUUUGACCCUGUUGUUGGACUACAGCAGUUGUUGGACUACAAGUCCCAUAAUUCCUAGCCACAGUAGUCAAGGAUGAUGGGAGUUGUAGUUCAGCAGCAGGAAGGCCAGAGUGGUGCAGUCUUGCUCUAGCUACAGUGACAUGAAUUGAUCUAUAGGCACAAAUGCCUUGAUAAGCAAGUAGGAAGCUUAAGUCUAUGGGCUUAUGGGGCAGCAGACCCAUUUUAUUGGGCUAGAAUGCCUUGCUGCAGGCUUGUUGCACGGGAUAAAGAAUGCUUUCUUGAUUUCUGAGAAUCAGAAGUGAAUAAAGCAGCAGGACGUGGGUGAGCUGGAAAGCUGGCUGGCGUUGUGCCAAACCUUCGAGGAGACCCUGGCCCUCCAUGGGUCACCUUGUGCAUCUAAAUACUUGUGGGGCGGGGACGAGAGGAGGAGUCCUCUGCUUUCACUGCCUUAGGGUUGGAUGUUAAGGGACAUCAUGACCCAGCCAAAUGGCAAUCUACCCCUGCUGCAGAAAAUGCUGAAGUGAAACUGACUGUACCACUUGAAGACUGCAAGCAGGGGGGUGCCAUUUCUGAAGCUUCCUGCAAGUAGGAAACAAAUAUAUUUGGGGAGGGGGGAGAUAGAGUCUGGCCCUCUCUAUGGUAGGCUCUUUGCUGGGCGGGGGUGAGUUUUCACAUAAAAGAAGCUACCCUGAAGUUCCUCCCUCCCAUCCACCUGAAGUGGUACAACCUAUUUUACCACCUUGGCAUUCUCCCUACUUCUCACCUUCCAAUGGUGCUCUCUGGUCCACCCACUGAGAGGCAGGUUCUUUGAAGAAAGACUUGCUGAGAUGUGCUGUUUGGACAGACCCCCCGGACUCGGUGAAGAGAUUUGGGGUGAUCCUCUUGCAUGAGAAGCCACGUGCAUUUCUUGGUGGGGUUAUAUGUCCAGUAAAGAACACAUUCCAGUAGACACACAUUCUCUCCGACAACCUCUCUGUAUGCAACCUCUAGAAUUUGUUCUCCGCUGCUCCAAGAUGCCUGUCUUGUAUUACUUGGAGAGCUGGGUCCUCUGCGUGAUGCUGGAAUAUGAUGUCUGAUGAGAGGCCGUGCGUGGGUUUCUAGACACUAAAGCUAGCAAUAGGAAAAGCAACUGUUGAAUGUUGAAGCAGAACAGGGUAAGAUGCUGUGUUCCCUGGAACAAGGAUUCCCAGAUGCAGACCGUCAUCCCCAGCUGUAGUGGCCUUGGGCUAGGGAUGAUGGGAGUUGUAGUCAGCAUCUGGGAAUCCCUCGUACAGGGGACACUGAGAUGUACAGUAAGGGCAUUUGAAUCCUGCAGAGUCUUUUGUAUUAAGACACUUGAAUCUGAUAACUUCAUUCUGUGUUGUUUUUUGUUAAGGGAUCCUUUCAAAAUAGUGGUGGAGAGCUCCUUUUAAAGACAGCCGCCUGGGAUACUCCCUGCUUUUUAAAAGGCUAAUUCUCUUCCAAAUGGCUGCUUUGAGCUCUCAAGUGCUGCUAGAAUCUAUCUGUAAUAUGUCAUGUUUGCGAAUCCAUUAUGGAGUCUGAAAGAUGUGUACAGCGUGUAUGCAAGCAAGCAGUCUGGUGUUCAGAAAUCCCCCCCCCCAUCUGAUCUUUGGCUUGGUUUGGCCUUGAAUGCCACAGUGCUAACUGAAGGGUGUUUAAGCUGUUAACCUCAUUCCUCCCGGUCUUAAAUCAAAUGUGAGAAACUUUCCAGUACUUGCUUUGCUGUGGGAAUAGGUGGACCAGCAAGAACCCAGAAAGCUCUUGUAAUUUGUGUUCCCUUUUUAGCGCUGCUUUAGUGCCUUGAGUUAGUGAAGCUCUGAAACAAAGGUGUCUCAUUUUAAAUUUCUGGUUGGUGGUGGUGGUGGGGGGCUCCCUUUAAUUUCUUGGAAACUGACUCCCGCCUUGCCUUACAGCUUUCACGUAGCAUGAUCACUGCCACUUCUCAGAGCCUUGCUGCUUUCUCUGCUGGGGAGAAAAAACUAAAUCAGGAGAGAUACAAGGCUGCAUAGGUUGUGUAGAACAAAAUGGCCACCUUCCCUUGGAGGUGUGUGGAAUCCAACAUCUUUAGCCAAUGAGAGAUGGUGGCAUAUGGAAAGAUGGGUUGUUCUCCAAGACACCAGAGGGUGGCGCUGUCUCUGAAGUGAGAGGGAAAUAGGGACUCUGAGGCCAGAAUCCUUAGUUGUCAGGACACUUAUUCCCCUCUGGUGCUAUCCUGAGCAACAGACUCAUGUCCUGAUGUUGCCAUAUGUCAUGCAUUCUCCUCCACAAUCCUUGCUGUAAAACCUGCAAUGUAGUUUGGAGAACAUGCAGUGGGUCAGGGCUUGGGUAGGUGGUCAGGAUGCCACUAAGGAGAAUGGAAUUAAAAUUAAGUUGUUGCUGCUUGUGACAGCCACGCAUUUAAUCGGGGUGUGCAUUGUGACCUUAGUAAAGGGCUGCUUCUAUUAUGGCAGUUAUCAGUUGCCCUCUGUGUGGCCCGAGAAUUCAGGAUUCUGCCAGUGAAUUGAAUCAAAAGCAAAUUUGCUGCUAGACCACAAGUAAUAGGAUGUUAGAAUAAGAGGGAUACCUUCCUCUUUGUAAUAGGGGAAUGCUUAAUAAGGACAGAUUUUUCUCUUCUACAAUGCUGUCUGGUGGCAAGGUGUGUGGGUGGGUGGGGAGAGAUGGGGCAAAAAUCUUUCUAUAGAUUAUUCCAAGGUGUGAAACCUUUUUCUCUUGGCUGGAGUAUAAAUUCCACUCUUCAGGAUGGGCUUGUGAAUGUAAAGGAUCCCUUCUUAUACUCCGAAACUGCCUCUUUGAUCUCCCGGUCAGAAUUUGUACAGGGGCUUGUGUGUCUCGGAACCAUGCGCCACACAUGGGAACAGAAAAAAUGUGCUAUUUAGGAAGAGCUAAAUCGACUGACUUUGGCUCUAGGCCUAGAAUAAAGCAGAACUUGUGGUGAUGUGGGCUACACAUAACUCAUACUGGUUUUUUUUUUCCCCUUUACAAUUGUCUGCCUUGAUUUGUCUACAUUUUUUAACUGUUUUGCAGAAAUUAUGAUGUAAUGAAAGGAAUGGUAACUCAGUAUAGGAAUCUAUAGCUCAAGUGUGUGUUCUCAAAUAUUUAAUUUGCAAAGGAAGCAUUUAGUAGCUGGUUUUCUUCUUCACUGAGGAAGGAAGAGACAGUAUCUUGAAACCAGGAAGACCAGCUUUAUCUGUAAGAUGGAUUUGAGGCUUUGCUUUGCUGGUAAGGAGAUAAUCACCAGAUGCUCAGUGUUUUCUUGCCUGGAGUGAACACGUAAUUGGCUAGCUAGGUUGUCACUUCCAGGAGUGAUACAGGGAAGGGUUGCAUUAGAAAUAAAGGUUGGGGCUAUACCUCUGCACAGGGGGGUACUGGAGUUGAUCUCUCUUGGGAGGACUUGUCAGUUCGAGUCUCCAAAAGUGGUUCUGGGGUUUGUCCUAGCCGACAGCACAGUGCUUCCCCAUCACCCCCUGUAAUAAGUCACCAGAUCAGGAGGAGCUCCGUGUCAUCAUGAGCAGCAUCCCUUUUUAUUUGUGUCCUAAAUAAACAUUACCCUUUGUGCA